UCGCAGCUGCUCAUCAAUGGCAAGUUUGUAGACGCCAAGUCCGGCAAGACUUUUGCCGUCUACGACCCUCGCACUGAGGAGGAGAUAUUCCGCAUUGCCGAGGCCGAUGCCGCGGAUGUGGACGAUGCCGUCGCUGCUGCGCGCGAGGCGUUCGACCACGGCCCCUGGCCCCGCAUGUCUGGCCGCGCCCGCGGCCGCAUCAUCUACAAGCUGGCCGACCUGAUCGAGCGCGACCUGGACAUGCUGGCCACUGUAGAGUCGCUGGACAACGGCAAGCCCCUGUCCGUCGCCAAGGCCGCCGACAUCACGCUGACCAUCGACCACCUGCGCUACUUUGCCGGCUGGGCCGACAAGCUGGAGGGCAAGACCAUCCCCACCGACGGCAACCACUUUGCCUACACCCUGGUGGAGCCCAAGGGCGUGGUGGGCCAGAUCGUGCCCUGGAACUUCCCCGCCCUCAUGAUGGCCUGGAAGAUCGCCCCCGCCCUGGCCUGCGGUAACGCCAUCGUGCUGAAGCCAGCGGAGCAGACCCCCAUGUCCGCCCUCAUCAUCGGCAAGCUUGCCCUGGAGGCCGGCCUCCCCCCGGGCGUGCUCAACAUCCUGCCCGGCUUUGGCCCCACCGCGGGCGCCCGCCUGACCAGCCACCCCGCCGUCGACAAGGUGGCCUUCACCGGCUCCACCGAGGUGGGGCGCAUCAUCAUGAAGUCCUGCGCGGAGCACAUCAAGGACGUGACCCUGGAGCUGGGUGGCAAGUCUGCCAUGAUCAUCGGCCCCACCAAGGACAUCGACAACGCGGUGGACAUCGCGCACUUUGCCCUUUUCUUCAACCAGGGCCAGGUGUGCACGGCCGCCUCCCGCCUCUUCGUCCACGAGUCGGUGUACGACGAGUUCUGCGCCAAGGCUGCCGAGUACGCGCGCAAGCGCAAGGUGGGCGACCCCUUUGAGGCCGAGACGGAGCAGGGCCCCCAGAUCGACAACGAGCAGUUCGAGAAGAUCCUGGGCUACAUCGAGUCGGGGAAGGAGCAGGGCGCGCGCCUGCUGACCGGCGGCGCCCGCGUGGGCAAGAAGGGCUUCUACAUUCAGCCAACCGUCUUCGCCGACGUGAAGGACGAGAUGAAGAUCGCGCGGGAGGAGAUCUUCGGCCCCGUCCAGUCCAUCCUGAAGUGGAGCACCACUGAGGAGGUGCUGCGCCGCGCCAACGCCUCCGAGUACGGCCUGGCGGCCGGCAUUGUCUGCGACGACAUCCACUUGGUCAACACGCUGUCCCGCGGCCUGCGCGCCGGCACCAUCUGGGUGAACACCUAUCACGUGUACGACCACGGCGUGCCGUUUGGUGGCUACAAGAUGUCCGGGGUGGGGCGCGACAAGGGCUCCGCAGCGCUGGCCCACUACACCAACACCAAGGCUGUGGUGCACAAGCUGGAGGGCGAGCAGGCGUGGCUGUGA